AUGUUUUGCAUCUUUCAGCUCAAUUCAAACAGCAGCAAACAAGGGCAAUUCCAUUCCCGGAACAAUGUACCUAAACAAGGCAAUAAUUCUGUCAGCAGAGACUUCAGUAAACCUUGUGCAGAAAUGCCAUCUACCUCCAGUGAUGUUCCUAGAAACGUAAUCCAUACUAAUCCACUGGUACAAUCUUUUUUGAAGAGACAUCACCCUGUUUCUUAUCCAGGAACUAAGAAGACCGCAUCAGAGAAAAAGUGCAGAGAUGGCGAUGGGGACUUUCCCAAAAGGACAAAGGAAGCUACUACUACUGAUUCUUCUCCUGCUAGAAAUAGUAGUGGGGAUGACGUGCAUUUGGCAAACAAAUGGAAAGUGAAAAAAAGAAAUGAUAAUGUAGAAAGAAAGCUUUUAGCAGAAGAAAAGGCAGCAGCUGAGACUAAGAGAAGAAAUAAAGCUCUGCUGGAAAAGUUAAAAAAUGUAAAUCUUAACUUAAAACCGGACCCUUUUGAGCACCAGGAAGAUGAUGUUCCCUCUUCUUCUGCUGAGAAUGACACGUUUCCAUAUCCUGAUUUUCUUCCUUCACCCUACAAUAAUUUGAAUUUAAAAAAAUUGUCCUUGUCCAAGUCAGAUGAUUGGAAAUCAUCUAUAAAGCCACCACUUAAUGCCUCGCUCAAUAAACUAGUUUCACGUCUUGUGCAGAUGGAAAGGUUACAGCACGCAACUAUCUUAAGAGAAAGGGCAAGCGAAGCUACUUGUCCUGCUGUGGCUGCUAACAAUCCCCUGGGAGCUCCUGGAGACAUAGAGAGCCUGGAUGACUGUGAGAGCAGCAGAGAGAAGAGGCAAGAGGGGGGCCACAGCGGUGGCCAUGAGUGA